UGUUACGUAAAAAGUAAUAUUAAUCAUAAUAAUUCUAUUAUAUACAUACAUAAUAUAGAAACUUGUAUAACUAACUAUUAAGUUAGUUAGCCUUAAUUAGCUGAUUAGGAUUUUAGUUAAUUAACUAACUAUACUUAAACAGACUAUAAGUCAAAAAAAUUAAAAUCAUUUACUCUACUAUUUUGUUACUUCCUCAUCACGACACCGAUCCUUCUCUCCGUUCACUGCUCGCCGGCGACUUCCAUCUCCGUUCACCUCUAUUUUUAGAUGGAAGGUGAAGAUAAUGCCAAGUUAGACUCUCCUUCGGGCCUUCCAGUUGACAAUGACUCUGUAUCGGACAAUGCCAGUGAAGAAUUGGAGAAUGACAGGGGAAGAAUGUUAAGACUGGGGGACUUUGUUGCUCACAUUUCUGAUCUAGAUAAGGCACUUGGACAAGUAGUUCAAAUAAAUCAAUCAUUUCUUAUGUAUGAUGUGAAAAAGCUCAAGCCUUCGCAAUACAUUCCAUCUAACCAACUGAAGCGUGUAACAAAAUUCUUGGAGGGAGAUAUGGUAGUCCUUGACAAUUGGUUGGGUAGGGUAGAUUUUGUUCUCCGUGAUGUUACUGUAAGGUUCAUGAAUGGAUCUUUACGCACUUUUAAAGGAGGGAUGGGUCUUCAGCCACAUGAUGAUUGGGAUGGUCUUUCACUACAUCUUGGACAGAAGGUGAAUGUUUCCCCGAAACGGACAUGUACAAUAACAGAACUGUUCGAUGGAUCAGUAUAUGUUAUAUGGAUCAUUAAUUCUGAUGGCAAUGACGACUCCCCUCCCCUUGCUAAACAAGAUCCUGACAGGUUGACCCUAGUGUUUCCAUUUUGCUCCACUUGGAAAAUUGGAAAUGUAUGCGGGCAUGAGCUUUCAAAAUCUGAAACUGAAUUUUUACUUGGUGAUGUCGAAACUUCUGUUGAUGUGACUUGGCAAAAUGGGAUAACUGAAAAGAACCUACCAUCAUCAAUACUGAAACCCAUUUCUGAUCUUGGAGUUCACGAUUUCUUCAUCGGUCAAUAUGUGGUAUUGGAUAAUUCUGAUGGUUUGGGAGUCGUCAAAUCUGUUGAUCACAAGGAGAAAACCACAACAGUUAGAUGGCUAAAUAUCCCAAAUGAGGAAAUCAUUAGUUCUUGCCACCUAAAUCGACUUUUUAACUAUAACCUGGGUAACUUGGUGUUGCGCCGAAUAACAAGAGAAGCUGAAAAUUCUCAUUUGUCCUCCUUUGGGAAUAUAAUCGGCUUCAAAGAUGGCAACAUUGAGGUUACAUGGGCUGAUGGUACUAUCUCUAUGGUUCAACCUCAAGAACUUCAUGGUGUUAUUGAUCGAGAAAAAUAUGAGGAUACUGAUGAAUUUGCAAGCAACGGUAUUGAACAGGAAGUUGAGGAGGAUGCAUUGGUUGUAAAAGUUCCCGAAUUUAAAGUUGAUUUGUUGGACUUUGUCGACCUGCGGUGUGUUCGCUGCCUUAAUGGAAGCCGCAUCCACUGUUUCAACAAUGCCCUAGAAAAGGAUUACAGAGAGUUGAAGGGCUUGACCUUGGAGAGCGUUGCAGAUGAGCAGCUAUUGAUUUACUUACCUUUUUACCAGCCUAUCAAUUUGCAUUCAUUGGUUAUUGGAGGACUCAUGGAGGAAGGUCCUAAAACUGUGAAGCUGUUUGCUAACAAAAGGCACUUUGAUAUCAGUGAUGCUGCUAAAACCACUCCGAGAGACACAGCAAUUUUAUCUGAAGAUAAUCUCAGGGGAGUAACAGUAAAGGUGAAUCAAAUUAAUUUUCAACGCAUUCACAGUGUGACUAUUUUUAUCGAGGACAAUCAGUAUGGUUCCGAACUUACAAGAGUUCAAAGAAUUUAUUUGUUUGGAACACUGAACUAAAGAGGUAGGUGAACACCAAGAGUAGCGUAAUGGAGAGUUGUAGAUUUUUUGUACAUCUUGAGGAAUUUCUUUCAGUGUUUUGUAAGAUUGUAGAGAUGAGUGUGUGUAUAGGGGCGUCAAAGAUGACAACAAACAAUUUUUCUUUUGUGAUACGUAAUUGUACUUUUGAGUUUUGUAAAUUUUAGACAUGAAGUUUGGCUAGCGAAUUUUGAACAUCUUAUGAUUCUAUUCUCGUGUUUAUAGUAUAUCUAAUUGUGAAUA